CUUGCGAUCUCCCUCCCUUUCUCGCAACUUGGACGCCAAUUCCUGAGUCGCUUCACUUGAACGCAACCCACUCCCAGCGCCGUGGGUCGUACGUCUCUCCUUCUUUAGUCCCAUUGUCUCCCGUCGGCUUGUUGGAACGCCUCGGGGCGUGUUGGACCCUACCUUCUCCAUACACACAUUGCGCUGAACACCAAAAUGGCGCCGGCCCCGACCUCAGACCCGCCAUCCCAGGCGGAUACGCCUAUGACCGAUGCCAAUGAGGAGCCCGUCACGUCAGUUCCUGUCGAUGGUCCGGACGCGCAUAUGACGGACUCCGAUACCAACCCGAACACCACAGCAAGCAGUGUUGCAGGCGACACAGCCCACGAUGGGCGGAGGAAAAGAUCCGAGGCCUUCAACAUGAGAAAGAACAUUCUGGGUAAAAAACACGGUCGUCUGGAUGAGUCUAAGGAAGAUGAUUCAAUUCGACGAUUUCGCUACCUUCUCGGGCUGACCGACCUGUUCCGUCAUUUCAUCGAAACGAACCCCAACCCUCGAAUCAAGGAGAUUAUGGCGGAAAUCGACCGACAAAAUGCGGAGGAGGAGGCAAAGGCUCGCAAGGGCUCAUCACGGACGGGCGGUGCUGGUGGCGAUCGACGUCGCCGGACGGAACAAGAGGAAGAUGCGGAGCUACUGAAGGAUGAGAGGAGCGGCGGCGAAACCGGCACCGUCUUUCGCGACUCCCCACCGUUUGUCCACGGCGAGAUGCGUGACUACCAAAUCGCGGGUCUGAACUGGCUUGUAUCCUUGCACGAGAACGGUAUCUCGGGUAUAUUGGCAGACGAGAUGGGUUUGGGUAAGACCUUGCAGACGAUUUCUUUCCUUGGGUACCUCCGCUAUGUCUGUGAUAUCCCCGGGCCUCAUCUUAUCGCGGUUCCCAAGUCCACGCUCGACAACUGGAAGCGAGAGUUCAUGAAAUGGACCCCCGACGUCAAUGUUCUUGUGCUUCAAGGCGACAAGGAAGAGCGCCACAAGCUGAUCAACGAACGACUUCUCGACGAGAACUUCGAUGUUUGCAUUACGAGUUACGAAAUGGUCCUUCGAGAGAAAUCUCACCUCAAGAAAUUUGCUUGGGAAUACAUCAUCAUCGACGAGGCCCAUCGGAUUAAGAACGAGGAAUCGUCCCUUGCGCAAAUCAUUCGUGUGUUCAACUCUCGGAAUCGCUUGCUCAUCACCGGUACCCCGCUUCAAAACAACCUCCACGAACUCUGGGCGCUUCUGAACUUCCUUCUGCCUGACGUUUUUGGUGACUCGGAAGCUUUCGACCAGUGGUUCUCUGGCCAGGACUCCGAUCAGGAUACUGUCGUGCAACAGCUUCAUCGAGUGCUCCGGCCAUUCUUGCUUCGUCGUGUCAAGAGUGAUGUUGAAAAGAGUUUGCUUCCCAAGAAAGAGCUCAAUUUAUAUGUGCCCAUGUCCGAGAUGCAGGUGAAAUGGUAUCAGAAGAUUCUCGAAAAGGACAUCGAUGCUGUGAACGGUGCCGCUGGGAAGCGAGAAUCUAAGACUCGUCUGCUGAACAUUGUCAUGCAGCUCCGGAAAUGCUGCAACCACCCCUACCUUUUCGAGGGCGCCGAGCCUGGCCCGCCCUAUACGACCGACGAGCAUCUCGUCUUCAAUGCCGGCAAGAUGUCCAUUCUGGACAAGUUGUUGGCGCGGAUGCAGAAACAAGGAAGUCGGGUACUUAUUUUCUCGCAAAUGAGUCGUGUUCUUGAUAUUCUGGAAGAUUACUGUGUAUUCCGAGAGUACAACUACUGCCGUAUCGACGGUACUACGGCCCAUGAGGACCGAAUCGCUGCCAUCGAUGAUUACAACAAGCCGGAUUCUGACAAAUUUGUUUUCCUCCUCACGACACGAGCCGGUGGUCUCGGUAUCAACUUGACGUCUGCGGACAUUGUCGUGCUUUAUGACAGUGAUUGGAACCCUCAAGCGGAUCUGCAGGCCAUGGAUCGUGCUCACCGUAUCGGUCAGACCAAGCAGGUGGUCGUCUUCCGUUUCGUCACCGAGAACGCGAUCGAGGAGAAGGUUCUGGAGCGUGCGGCGCAAAAGUUACGUCUCGAUCAGCUUGUCAUUCAACAAGGCCGUGCGCAGCAGCAGACCAAGAAUGCUGCCUCAAAGGAUGAGCUCCUUGGCAUGAUCCAGCAUGGAGCCGCCAAUGUCUUCGGUAACAAUUCUAACUCGGCAUCUCUGUCUGCCGAAAACCAAAUAUCCGACAAUAGCUUCGAGGAUAUUAUGCGCAAGGGUGAGGAGCGAACCGUCGAGCUGAACAAGAAAUACGAAAAACUGGGUAUCGAUGAUCUGCAGAAAUUCAGCUCCGAGAGCGCUUACGAAUGGAACGGCCAGAAUUUCACCGAGCGUAAAAAGGACAUCGGCAUGAACUGGAUCAACCCGGCGAAGCGUGAGAGAAAGGAACAGUUCUACUCCAUCGACAAGUACUACCGACAAGCCCUGGCCACUGGCGGUAGAACUGCUGAUCCAAAGCCCAAGGCGCCGCGAGCUCCCAAACAGAUCGCUGUUCACGAUUGGCAAUUUUUCCCGCCAGGGCUCCAGGAGCUCCAGGAGAAGGAGACCGCGUACUUCCACAAGGAGAUCGGAUACAAGGCCGUUCUAGCCGAUGGCCCCGAGGAAGAGCUCAGCGAACGUGAGGCCGAGCGCGAUCUUGAGCAACAAGAAAUCGACAAGGCAGUUCCUUUGACCGAGGACGAACAAGAGCAAAAGGCGAAGAUGUCCGAAGAAGGAUUCUCGACCUGGAAUCGCCGUGAUUUCCAACAGUUUGUCAACGGGUCAGCCAAGUUUGGACGCACUGAUUACGAUGGGAUUGCCACCGAAGUGGACAGCAAAGAGCCCGACGAGAUUGAGGAAUACGCUCAAGUUUUCUGGGACCGGUACACUGAGAUCCAGGAUUAUCCCAAGUAUCUUCGGGUCAUCGAACAGGGCGAGGAGAAGCUUCGCAAGAUGAACCACCAACGCAAAAUGCUCCGCAAGAAGAUGGAGAUGUACCGCGUUCCCCUCCAGCAACUCAAGAUAAACUACACCGUGUCCACGACCAACAAGAAGGUCUACACCGAAGAGGAAGAUCGGUUCCUACUAGUGAUGCUGGACAGAUACGGGGUUGAUGGGGAAGGUCUCUAUGAGAAGAUCCGGGACGAGAUCCGUGAAUCACCUCUCUUCCGCUUCGAUUGGUUCUUCCUCAGCCGAACCCCCGUGGAGAUUGGGCGUCGUUGCACCACUUUAUUGAAUACGGUCGCCAAGGAGUUCGAGCCUGGCGAUGGGAAAGCCAACGGCGAAACCAAGGGCCGUGGACGUGACGAAGAUGUCGAAAACGAGGAAGAUGGCCCACCAGCCAAGAAGAAGACCAAGGGCGCCGUGAACAAACAGGUCAAGGCUGUCAAGGGCAGUGCCAAGGGCAAUUCUCCAUCCUCGUCACGAGCGGCCAGCGUGUCGUCGAACACCGCUUCGAAAUCGAAGAGCCGAAAGAAAUAAAAUCUCGAGCAUGGUUUUCUUUUUUUGAUCAACAGUUAGGUAUUUGUUAGGGCUGGUAGGUAGUCUUGUUGGGAAUAUUGUUGGCCAUGGAUUUCCAUAUACGUCGGGUGGGGCGUUGGCUGAUAGAUGCCAUUGUGUUUUAUGAUUGUUCUAACUCAAUUUUCUUUUUGCAUGUUCCUUGUACUAUGAGAGCUAUUUCCUAUCAGAUCAAAUUCAAGAUGUAUACAAAAAGCAAUAG